CCUCUACCUUCUUUCCCGAGGGAAUAUUUUGACGAAGCGGGAGGUGGCGCUCGUAGCGGCGAAAGAGUUCUGAAAAUCGAGUGAAAAUGUCGACAGUUUACGUAUUAGAGCCACCGACGAGGGGGAAGGUCGUGUUGAAUACCACUUGUGGACCGCUCGAUAUCGAGCUCUGGCCUAAGGAGGCUCCCAAAGCCGUCAGAAAUUUCGUUCAGCUCUGUCUUGAAGGCUACUACGACAACACCAUCUUUCACCGGAUUAUCAAGGACUUCAUUGUUCAGGGCGGCGAUCCUACCGGUAGCGGCACAGGUGGUGAAAGUAUAUAUGGGGGUGUUUUCCCGGAUGAGUUUCACUCACGGCUUAGAUUCAAGCACAGGGGCUUAGUAGCAUGUGCAAAUGCUGGGUCGCCUCAUUCUAAUGGAAGUCAGUUUUUUAUAACCUUGAGUCGAUGUGAUGACCUUGACAAGAAGCACACAAUUUUUGGAAAGGUCACUGGAGAUUCUAUAUAUAACCUAACAAGUUUGGGUGAGUUCGAAACUGACAAGGAUGACCGUCCUGUGGAUCCACCCAAGAUAAAAUCAAUUGAGGUAUUAUGGAAUCCAUUUGACGAUAUUGUUCCAAGAGCACCUGCUAAGCCUGUGGCCACAUCCACCGUGGAUUCUGAAAACAAGGACAGUAAGAAGAAAGCAGUGAAAAAACUAAAUUUACUAUCGUUUGGAGAAGAAGCUGAAGAAGAUGAGAAAGAACUGGCAGCUGUGAAGAAGAAAAUUAAGAGCAGUCAUGAUGUGUUGGAUGAUCCACGUCUGCUAAAGGCAGAGAUUCCAAGCAGUGAAUUGGACAGUAAAAGAACGAGGGAGAUGCAGCUAUCUGUUAGAGAAACUUUAGCAUCAAAGAAACAAGAGUCUCGUAGAGAUUCAGAUGCUGAUAAUUCUAAUCUCCCUCAAUACAGUGAUAGUGAUGAUGAUGAAGCUAAUUUCGAUGCCCGAAUGCGUCAACAGAUAUUGAGAAAAAGAACAGAGUUGGGAGAUGCACCAUCCCACCACAAGUCUAAAAAUGGGACUUCCGACUCAAAGAGCAAUGAAGGAUCUACUCGAGGCAGGCCCAGUGCUGAGAAUACUAAACGUGAGCAACCAAAGAUUGAGAAGUUAUCCUUAAAGAAAAAAGGAAUUGGAUCUGAAGCGAGAGCGGAGCGAAUGGCUAAUGCUGACUCAGACUUGCAGUUAUUGGGUGAUGCUGAAAGAGGAAGACAGCUGCAAAAAUUGAAGAAGAGAAGACUUCAAGGACGUGAAGAUGAGGUUUUGGCAAAACUUGAGAAUUUUAAGAAAGGCUUUUCUGGAAAACCAGAACCUUCAAAUGCUGAAUAUGGGGGUGGCAAUGAUGAUUUGUCAGAUUGGAAAUCUGUUAGGUUAAAGUUCACACCAGAGCCUGGCAAGGACCGCAUGUCACGUAGUGAUGAUCCAAAUGACUACGUUGUACACGACCCUCUUCUCGAGAAGGGGAAAGAGAAAUUUAACAAAAUGCAAGCCAAACAAAAACGACGUGAACGGGAAUGGGCUGGCAAAUCCCUUACUUGACUCAUCAGUCAAGACUCGGGGUCUGAGUGUUGGUUAAAUCCCAGAUUGACUUGGCUCCAUUUUUGACUGUCAAACCAGAUCAAAACCACAUUUCUCUAUUCCCACGGAACAUAGAAGAUUUAUUGGGGUUCAUUAUUGACAGCCAUGCCCAAAUUGUUUCAGACACCCAAUUUUCUGAAUUUGGAAAAAGAAACAGUAUACGACUCUUUCUCUCUCUCUCUCUCUCUACACAUCUCACCGUAAUUUCCUUUUCAUUUAGUUAUAAAACUUGGUCUAUGACUCUAGAUAGAGAAGGGGGGGAAAGAAAAAAAAAGCUACCCCCCAUAUCCGUCAAAUGUAAUUAUUUCCCAUGGAUUAAGUUCUAGAUUUGUUUAAUACAAAUUGCAGGGAUACCAAUGUGCUCGAAGCUUCUUCGCACAGCCUUAUGAUUUAUGAUUUGGCCAAACCUCAUCUUAAAAAAAAAAGCUUGAAGAAAGAAGUUAAGACAGAAUUUGGAACUGUAUAUUAUUUGGGCAGGAAUAAAUGAGUUUCCUUUUGUUGGCAGUUUUAUUCAGGGAGAGAGAGCUCUUCAAAGCAUCAUAUUCUGUCUGCUGUACCGCACAUUCAGACUUGAAAAGUCUUCAACAAAUCACGUUCUGUACAGAGUCGUUUGUGCCUUCAGACGCGCAAAGAUAGUCGUCGGCCAGCCAUACUACCAGGAAAUUUAUUUACUCGUUUAAAUGGGACUUACCCCAACCGUCUAUUAAUUUGGUGGGAAAAUUAUGAACUAAUUGUUCCUUCCCAUGUUUGUUUGUUCAAAUUUGCUUCAUUUUAUUUGGUUGAAAAGGAAAGGAAAUGGAUUUAACCUAACCCACCUUAUAUUAUUAGAUUCCUUGACUAA